AUUACAUGUGACAUCAUCACCGCGUCCUGGCUUUACGACAGCGUCGCAGUUUGUUGUCCCUUUUUUCACUAAACAUGGCUAGCUUGGCGGAUGUCAGCUGGAAGUUGCUGGAGUGUAAAGCCAGAUCAAAACGUUCAGAUUUGUAAAUUAUCUGAAAGACGGUGACCUAACCCAGAUCUAUUGAAAAUGGCCAGCCCAGCAUAUGACAUUUCAGCCUGCCACCCCAAACUUCGCGGACAUGGCUCCAUCUAUGAACCACUCAAGCUGUCUGUGCUUCACCUGGAGGGCGUGCCCUUGUGGGAUAAACUGGACCGAUACUACAGCUCCGUGAAGUCCACCAUCCUGAACUUCCAGAGCCCCACCACUGGGCUGUUCCCUGUGAAGACCUGCUCUGACUGCAAUGAGGCUAAAGUCCGGGACUCUCUGUACUGUGCAGCCAGCGCAUGGGCCCUGGCCUUGGCUUACAGACGCAUCGAUGAUGACAUGGGACGCACCCACGAGCUGGAGCACUCGGCCAUCAAGUGCAUGCGGGGCAUCCUGUACUGCUACAUGAGGCAGUCUCACAAGGUGGAGCUGUUCAAGCAGGACCCCAGCCCGUACAAAUGCCUCCAUUCCGUAUUCAACGUGCACACCGGGGACGAGGUCGUGUCAUACGACGACUACUGUCACCUGCAGAUCGAUGCCGUCUCCCUCUUCCUGCUCUACCUGGUGGAGAUGAUCUGCUCGGGGCUCCAGAUCAUCUACAACACAGACGAGGUGUCUUUCAUCCAGAACCUGGUCUUCUGCGUGGAGCGGGCCUACAGGGUGCCUGAUUUUGGGAUGUGGGAAAGAGGAAGCAAGUACAACAACGGCUGCACCGAGCUGCACUCAAGUUCUGUUGGGCUUGCCAAAGCUGCACUGGAAGCCAUUAAUGGAUUCAACCUGUUUGGUAAUCAGGGUUGUUCUUGGUCUGUCAUCUUUGUGGACCUGGAUGCACACAACAGAAACAGACAGACGCUGUGUUCUCUGCUCCCCCGAGAAUCACGAUCGCAUAACACGGACGCCGCCCUUCUGCCCUGCAUCGGCUACCCGGCGUUCGCCGUGGACGACGACGCUCUCUACAGCCAGACCCUGGACAAGAUCGUGCGCAAGCUGAGGGGGACGUACGGCUUUAAGCGCUUCCUGCGCGAUGGCUACCGCACCGCCAACGAGGACAAGAACCGCCGCUACUACAAGCCUGCGGAGAUGAAGCUCUUCGAUGGAAUUGAAUGCGAGUUUCCUAUUUUUUUUAUCUACAUGAUGAUUGACGGUGUCUUCCGAGGAAACUCUGCUCAAGUGAAGGAAUAUCAGGAGCUCCUGGAGCCUGUCCUUUUCCAGACGCUGGAUGGCCACGCCGUCAUCCCUAAGUACUACCACGUGCCAUCGGACUUCGUGGAGGCGGAGCAGAGGGCGCGGGGCAGCCAGAAGCGUUUCGCCAGCAACUCGGGACGUGACGGGCGGCUGUUCCUCUGGGGACAGGCGCUCUACAACAUCGCCAGACUGCUGGUUGACGGCCUGAUCAGCCCUAAGGACCUGGACCCCAUUCGCAGAUACGUCCCGCCGGAGGAGCAGAGGAACGUCAGCAUGAGAUACUCCAAUCAGGGCCCGAUAGAGAACGACGUGGUCGUCCAUGUAGCCCUGGUGGCUGAGAGCCAGAGACUGCAGGUCUUCCUCAGCACCUACGGCAUCCAGACCCAGACCCCCCAGCAGGUGGAGCCCAUCCAGAUCUGGCCCCAACAGGAGCUGGUGAAGGCGUACCGCUUCCUGGCCGUGAACGGAAAGCUGGGUCUCAGCGGACGGCCCCAGAGGCCGGUGGGCUGCAUCGGGACCUGCAAGAUUUACCGGAUCCUGGGGAAGACGGUAGUUUGCUACCCCAUCGUCUUUGACUUGAGCGACUUCUACUUGUCCCAGGACGUCAUGCUACUGAUCGACGACAUCAAGAACGCCCUGCAGUUUGUCAAGCAGUGCUGGAAAAUGCCUGGUCGCCCGCUCUUCCUGGCCCUCAUUAGAGAAGACAACAUAAAGGGGAGUCGAUUCAACCCUGUCCUGGAUAUGCUGGCGUCUUUCAAGAAGGGGAACGUAGGAGGAGUUAAAGUUCACGUGGACAGAUUGCAGACGCUGAUUUCCGGAGCGGUGGUGGAGCAGUUGGACUUCCUCCGCAUAAACGAAGGCGACGAAAUUCCCGAGUUCAGGAGCUUCGAGGAGCUGGAGCUCCCGAAACACUCUAAGGUGAAGAGGCAGACGAGCACGCCCAACGCCUCGGACCUGGAGCAGCAGCCAGAGAUCGACGUGGACGAGUGGACCAAGAGGUCCACCCACGAGAUCAUGCAGAAGUUCAACGACUGUGACUGUCUGGCCAGCCAGGCUCAGCUUGUCAGCAUCCUUCUGAAGAAAGAGGGCCCUGAUUUCCUCGCCAGAGACGAAAACCUCAUGGAGGAGCUGGAGAGGAUCUACAGAAGAGCGGGGAGCCGGAAGCUCUGGUCCGUGGUUCGUCUGGCAGCCAGCCUAUUAAACAAGGUAGUGGACAGCCUGGCCCCCUCAAUCACCAGUGUCCUAGUGCACGGCAAACAGGUGACGCUGGGGAUUUUUGGGCAGGAGGAGGAGGUGAUCUCCAACCCCCUGUCCCCCGGGGUCAUAAAGGGCCUGAUCUACAGCAAGUGCAGCCCCCACGGGGGGCGGGAGGCCGUCCUGCAGCAGGAGCUGGUCAUCCACAUCGGCUGGAUCAUCUCCAACAGCCCCGAGCUCUUCAGCGGCAUGCUCAAGAUCCGCAUCGGGUGGAUCGUCCACGCCAUGAAGCACGAGCUGGAGAUCCGGGCGGGCGACAUGCCGCCCCAGGACCUGUACCAGCUGUCCCCCAGCGACGUCAAACAGCUGCUGCUGGAUGUGCUUCAGCCCCAGCAGACAGCCAGGUCCUGGCUGAACAGGCGCCAGAUUGACGGCUCUCUGAACCGCACACCCCUGGGUUUUUACGACCGCGUUUGGCAGAUUCUGGAGAGAACACGCAACGGCAUCAGGGUGGCUGGCAGCCACCUCCCGCAGCAGCCCACGCUGUCGGAUAUGACCAUGUACGAGAUGAACUUCUCCCUGUUGGUGGAGGACACCCUGAAGAACAUCGUUCUGCCUGAGUACAGGCAGAUUAUAGUGGAGCUGCUGAUGGUGGUGUCCAUUGUGCUGGAGCGUAACCCGGAGCUGGAGUUUCAGGACACAGUGGACCUGGACCGCCUGGUGAAGGAGGCCUUCAACGACUUCCAGAGGGACAGGGGCAGGCUGGAGGGGUCGAAGAAGCAGGACGAGAUGGAGGCUUUCUACAACACCCCUCCCCUGGGCCAGCGAGGGACAUCCAGUUACCUGACCAAGGCCGUGAUGAUCGUGCUGCUGCAAGGAGACGUGAAGCCAAGCAAGGAUGACCCCUGCUCCGUCAGCUAAACCCCUCUCUCACCUCCACCCUAAUACAGGACAGGGUGAUCCCUGCUCCGUCAGCUAAACCCCACUCCAGUCUCCACCAUAAUACAGGACAGGGUGAUCCCUGCUCCGUCAGCUAAACCCCAGUCUCACCUCCACCCUAAUACAGGACAGGGUGAUCCCUGCUCUAUCAGCUAAACCCCACUCUGACCUCCACCCUCCUACAGGAUGGGGUGACCCCUGCUCCAGCAGCUGAACCCCACUCUGACCUCCACCCUCCAACAGGACAGGGUAAUCCCCACUCCAUCAGCUAAUCCCCACUCCAACCUCCACCCUAAUACAGGACAGGGUAAUCCCCACUCCAUCAGCUAAACCCCACUCUGAUCUCCACCCUCCAACAGGACAGGGUAAUCCCCACUCCAUCAGCUAAACCCCACUCUGACCUCCACCCUAAUACAGGACAGGGUAAUCCCCACUCCAUCAGCUAAACCCCACUCCGAUCUCCACCCUAAUACAGGACAGGGUAAUCCCCACUCCAUCAGCUAAACCCCACUCCGAUCUCCACCCUAAUACAGGACAGGGUGAUUCCCACUCCAUCAGCUAAACCCCACUCCGAUCUCCACCCUAAUACAGGACAGGGUGAUUCCCACUCCAUCAGCUAAACCCCACUCCGAUCUCCACCCUAAUACAGGGCAGGGUGAUUCCCACUCCAUCAGCUAAACCCCACUCCGAUCUCCACCCUAAUACAGGACAGGGUGAUUCCCACUCCAUCAGCUAAACCCCACUCCGAUCUCCACCCUAAUACAGGACAGGGUGAUUCCCACUCCAUCAGCUAAACCCCACUCCGAUCUCCACCCUAAUACAGGACAGGGUGAUUCCCACUCCAUCAGCUAAACCCCACUCCGAUCUCCACCCUAAUACAGGACAGGGUGAUUCCCACUCCAUCAGCUAAACCCCACUCCGAUCUCCACCCUAAUACAGGACAGGGUGAUUCCCACUCCAUCAGCUAAACCCCACUCCGAUCUCCACCCCUUCACAUCAUCUUAACUCAGCACAGACUCAUGCACUCUGCUCCACCACCAGGAUGAGACAGUACGGAGUCAACAGCUCAGCUCCAGCCUGACUCCACCUUAGUCAGAGUGUGACCCCAUCGUAGAAACAGCAUCACCUCCACAAACUGUACAGUUCCUUAUACUGAGCCAUGCAUAGGGUGCUAAAGGGCAGCUCAAUGAAGAAGAAGAAAAAAGCUGUUUAUAGGUACUCCGGACACACAAAGGUCCCUUAGCUGUUUUCACAACAAAAUUGUCAUCAUGUAAUAUAACCUACUAAUAACUGAUGUAUUCACUUGAUACAUAUUCCUCAAGUGACCUGUCACGAUGUUGUUUACGUUUGUGCACUCCCAUACAUGUCUGACUUGAAUCUAACUUAAAUAUUCUGUGUAGCAAGCGCAUAUUUCAGUUGAGAGGCCUAUAUUUUAAGAAGUAAACUGUUACAAUCUGAA